AACGAAGGUAAAAUAAAGAGAGGAAAAGAAAAUUUUGAUUUUAUAAUUAUCUUCUUACAGUAAUAAUGGCAACUGUCGGUAUUGAUUUAGGGAAUACAUAUUCUUGUGUCGGUAUUUGGAAAAAUGAUAGAGUUGAGAUUAUUUCCAAUGAUUAUGGUAAUCGUACAACUCCAUCAUACGUCGCUUUCACUGAUAAAGAAAUUCUUAUUGGCGACGCGGCAAAAAAUCAAGUUUCUAUAAAUCCUCAUAAUACCGUUUUUGAUAUUAUCCGCCUUAUUGGUCAUGAUAUCAACGAUUUUGAUCUUCAUAUGAUGCAUUGGCCGUUCAAUGUUGUCAAAAAGAAUAAAAAGCUAUAUAUCCGUGUUAAAUACAAAGGUGAAGAUAAAGAUUUUGAACCUAAAGAAAUUUUAUCCAUGAUAUUGAAAAAGAUGAAAGAAAUCGCAGAAGCUUUUCUUAACACUCAAGUUAAAAAUGCUGUAAUCACAACACCAGCUUUCUCUAAUUAUUCUCAUUAUAAAGCUUUAUAUGAUGCUGGUUUGAUUGCCGGUUUGAAAAUACUUCGUAUCAUUAAUUCACCAUCUGCUGCUGCUAUCGCUUAUGGGUUGGAUAAAAGAUUCACUAGAGAACGAAAUAUUCUCGUCUUUGAUUUAGGUGAUGGUAGUUGCGACGUCUCUCUUUUAACCAUUGAAGAAGGAAUUUUAGAAGUAAAAGCAGUUGCUGGUAACAAUCAUCUUGGUGGUAAAGAUUUCGAUAAUCGAAUCGUGAAUCAUUUCGUACAAGAAUUCAAAAAUAGAUUUAAUAAAGAUCUUACUACCAACGUUCGUACUAUCUGUCGUCUGAGGGAACAAUGCGAACGCGCAAAACGUACACUUUCAGCAUCAACAAAAGCUUUUAUUGGAAUUGAUUCUCUUUUUGAAAAUAUUGACUUUGAUACUACUUUGACACGUGCUAAGUUUGAAGAAUUGAAUCAAAAGUUAUUCCAAUUUAUAAUGGAACCUAUUGAGAAAGUACUUCAAGAUGGUAAAAUCUACAAAUGUCAAGUUCAUGAAAUCAUUUUAGUUGGUGGUUCAACACGUAUUCCCAAAAUUCAAAAGAUGAUAUCCGAAUUCUUUAAUGGUAAAGAAUUAAAUAAAUCUAUUAAUUCUGAUGAAGCUAUCGCUUAUGGUGCUACAAUACAAGCUGCUAUCUUAUCUAAUUAUAAUUCUGAAAAGAUUCAAAAUUUAAUGUUACUUGAUGUUGCUGCUUUUUCUCUUGGUAUCGAAAUCUGUGGUACCAUGAUCCCAUUUAUUGAUAGUAAUACAACUAUACCUACUAAGAAAUCCGAAAUUAUAUCUACAAGUCACUUCAAUCAAAAUUAUAUAAUAAUUUCAAUAUAUGAAGGGGAGAAUAACCUAACAAGAAAUAAUCGAUUGAUUGGAAAAUUUAAAUUAACUAAAAUUUCUUCUGAUGUUCCACAAAUUGAGGUUACCUUCGAUAUUGAUUCAAAUAGAAUAUUAAAGGUUACUGCUGUUGAUUUAAUAACUGGUGGAUCAAAUAUGACAACUAUCAAUAAUAUUUAUAACCGACCGAAGAGUAAAGUAAUUAAACGCAUGGGUGCUGAAGCUAAGAAAUAUCAUACAGAAAGAAAUCAAGUUGCACAAAGGAUGCAAGCACGAAAUGAGUUUGAAAGUUAUGUAUACAGUUUACGUAACUCAUAUCAAAGUAUACUCAAAGAAGCAAUCCAAGAAUCAAUUGCAUGGCUUGAGAAUAAUCAAGAAGCAGAAAAGUAUGAAUAUGAACAUAAAAGAAAAUUACUCGAAAAGUUUAUCAACGUGAGAGAAGAAAGAGACAAUAUAGACAAUAGAGAUAACAGAAGAAGAACAUAUUAAGCAAUUAUUAUUUUUUUUUUUUUUUGGAUAAAUUUAUUACCAUUAUCAUUCUGAAGAAUUAGUAAAUACUAAAUGUUAAGAAUGUAUAGGUUUAGGUUUAAAAAGUUUAAAAAAAAUUUAUAUUUUUCUUUUUUUUUUUUUU